UGUGCAAUAUCGGAUUCACUUUACACAUUUGUUACAGAGAAAUAAUAAUCCCCUCACAGAAUGUACAAAGAGAUGAACGAAACAAACGCUCACGUGUGCUUUUUCAUCGUCAGCCACCAUGGAUCUCAGUCAGUUUGAGGAAGACAACACCGUCAGCUGCCGCCUGGCCUCCCCGAUACCCGACAUCUGCAAGACGGAGGACUGCUGCCUGGGCAUCGAUGAAGCUGGCCGGGGCCCGGUGCUGGGGCCCAUGGUUUACGGGAUCUGUUUCUGUCCUGUGUCCAAGAAGGAGGAUCUCAAGGGCCUGAAAGUAGCAGACUCCAAGACUCUGACAGAGGAGCAGAGGGAGAGUUUGUUUGCCAACCUGGACGAGGCCAAGAGCUUUGUGGGCUGGGCCCUGCAGGUGCUCUCUCCCAACACCAUCUCCACCAGCAUGCUGCAGAGGACGAAGUACAAUCUGAAUGCUCUGUCUCAUGAUGCUGCUAUCGGAUUGGUGCAGUACGCUCUCGACUCAGGGGUGCAGCUCAAAGAGGUGUUUGUGGACACGGUGGGCCCUGCGGAGAAGUACCAGGAGAAGCUGUCCCAGCGGUUCCCCGGCGUGGAGGUCACCGUCAGGCCCAAAGCCGACUCCCUCUUCCCCAUCGUCAGCGCCGCCAGCAUCUGCGCCAAGGUGGCCAGAGACCAUGCGGUGAAGAAUUGGAAGUUUCUGGAAGACCUGGGGGAGGUGGACACCGUCUACGGCUCCGGCUACCCCGGCGACCCUAAGACUAAGAGCUGGCUGCUGAAGUAUCUGGACCCCGUGUUUGGCUUCCCCCAGUUUGUGCGUUUCAGCUGGAGCACAGCACAGACUCUACUGGACAGCAACGCCGCGCCCGUCCACUGGGAUGACGAUGAGGAGGAUGGUGAGAAGGCGGCCGCUCGUCAGAACAACGCGUCCAUGCUGUCGUACUUCAGCCGCAGCUCGCAGGCCAACGGGGAGAACAGCAGCGCCGACAGAGAACCGCACCGGUUCUUUACGGAACGCAGGCUACAGAACAUCAGCUCUCUAUAAACACACACACACACACACACACACACACACACACACACACACACACACACACAUACACACACACACACAGCAGCGCCGACAGAGAACCGCACCGGUUCUUUACGGAACGCAGGCUACAGAACAUCAGCUCUCUAUGAACACACACACACACACACACACACACACACACACAUACACACACACACACAGCAGCGCCGACAGAGAACCGCACCGGUUCUUUACGGAACGCAGGCUACAGAACAUCAGCUCUCUAUGAACACACACACACACACACACACACACACACACACACACACACACACACACACACACACACACACACACACACACACACAUACACACACACACACAGCAGCGCAGAGAGAGAAGCACACCGGUUCUUUACGGAACGCAGGCUACAGAACAUCAGCUCUCUAUAAACACACACACACACACACACACACACACACACACACACACACACACACACACACACAUACACACACACACACAGCAGCGCAGAGAGAGAAGCACACCGGUUCUUUACGGAACGCAGGCUACAGAACAUCAGCUCUCUAUAAACACACACACACACACACACACACACACAUACACACACACACACACACACACACACACACACAUACACACACACACACACACACAGCAGCGCCGACAGAGAACCGCACCGGUUCUUUAUGGAACGCAGGCUACAGAACAUCAGCUCUCUAUGAACACACACACACACACACACACACACACACACACACACACACACACACACACAUACACACACACACACAGCAGCGCAGAGAGAGAAGCACACCGGUUCUUUACGGAACGCAGGCUACAGAACAUCAGCUCUCUAUAAACACACACACACACACACACACACACACACACACACACACACACACACACACACACACACACACACACACAUACACACACACACACAGCAGCGCAGAGAGAGAAGCACACCGGUUCUUUACGGAACGCAGGCUACAGAACAUCAGCUCUCUAUAAACACACACACACACACACACACACACACAUACACACACACACACACACACACACAGCAGCGCCGACAGAGAACCGCACCGGUUCUUUACGGAACGCAGGCUACAGAACAUCAGCUCUCUAUAAACACACACACACACACACACACACACACAUACACACACACACAAGCUGCCCCGACAUUCUUGCCCUGCAUGUUCUGAUAUUAAUAGCACUAUUAAAUGCCCAACCAUCUUUACAGAAUGCAGGUCAGAGUAUCAGCUCUUUUACACACACACACACACACACACACACACUCACACACAGAAACAUGUGGGAUCUAUAGAGGUGUCUGAAACUGGAAGAGUGAUUCCCACAUGUAUGCGUCCCACAAGCGAGUUGCUUGUCUAUAUUUGUCCAUGUAUAUUUUUGUAGUUCAAACCUUUCUGUAAUAAAGCAACUUCAUUUGUAAUAA